GCGGCUUCCCCUCCCACCUCCCUCAGCUCUCCACCCUCCAGGCCCCGCCUCGCCCGCUCGGCGCGCCGGGUCUUCUCCUGCAGUCGCCCUGUGGCUCCGCGGGCGGGCAAACUGCGUGUUGCUGCGUCAUCGCCAGUGGCCGGUUUGAAUGAGACUCUCGUCGCACCCGUGCUGCCGCCACUACGCGCCUCUGCCUUGGCUGCCGCCGCUGCUUCAUCGCGUCCCUUUCCCUUCGACGCCCUUGCCUGGCCCAGCCUUCCUGCACCGCCGCCGUCUCUUGUGCCGCCAUGCCGCUUUAUUCCGUUACCGUGAAAUGGGGAAAGGAGAAAUUUGAAGGUGUAGAGUUGAACACUGAUGAACCUCCGAUGGUGUUCAAGGCUCAGCUUUUUGCACUGACUGGAGUCCAGCCGGCCAGACAGAAAGUUAUGGUGAAAGGAGGAACAUUGAAGGAUGAUGAUUGGGGAAACAUCAAAAUAAAAAAUGGAAUGACUCUACUAAUGAUGGGGUCAGCAGAUGCUCUUCCUGAGGAACCCUCAGCUAAAACUGUCUUUGUAGAAGACAUGACAGAAGAACAGUUAGCAUCUGCGAUGGAAUUACCAUGUGGAUUGACAAACCUUGGCAACACUUGUUACAUGAAUGCUACAGUUCAAUGUAUUCGUUCUGUGCCUGAACUCAAAGAUGCCCUUAAAAGGUAUGCAGGUGCCUUGAGAGCUUCAGGGGAAAUGGCUUCAGCACAGUAUAUUACUGCAGCCCUUAGAGAUUUGUUUGAUUCCAUGGAUAAAACUUCUUCUAGUAUUCCACCUAUUAUUCUACUGCAGUUUUUGCACAUGGCUUUUCCACAGUUUGCAGAGAAGGGUGAACAAGGACAAUAUCUUCAGCAGGAUGCUAAUGAAUGUUGGAUACAAAUGAUGCGUGUACUGCAACAGAAAUUGGAAGCCAUAGAGGAUGAUUCUGUUAAAGAGACAGACUCUUCAUCUGCAUCAGCAGUGACACCUUCUAAAAAGAAAAGUUUAAUUGAUCAGUUCUUCGGAGUUGAGUUUGAAACUACCAUGAAAUGUACAGAAUCUGAAGAAGAAGAGGUCACUAAAGGAAAGGAAAAUCAACUUCAACUUAGCUGUUUUAUCAAUCAAGAAGUCAAGUAUCUUUUUACAGGACUUAAAUUGCGACUUCAGGAAGAAAUCACUAAACAGUCUCCAACAUUGCAAAGAAAUGCUUUAUAUAUCAAAUCUUCUAAGAUCAGCCGACUACCUGCUUACUUGACAAUUCAGAUGGUUCGAUUUUUUUAUAAAGAGAAGGAAUCUGUGAAUGCUAAAGUUCUUAAGGAUGUUAAAUUUCCUCUUAUGUUGGAUGUGUAUGAACUGUGUACCCCAGAACUUCAGGAGAAAAUGGUCUCUUUUCGAACAAAAUUUAAGGAUCUAGAAGAUAAAAAAGUGAAUCAGCAGCCAAAGACAAGUGACAAAAAGAGUAGUCCCCAGAAGGAAGUUAAAUAUGAGCCUUUUUCUUUUGCUGAUGACAUUGGCUCCAAUAAUUGUGGAUACUAUGACUUACAAGCAGUGUUAACACAUCAGGGAAGGUCUAGCUCUUCAGGCCAUUAUGUAUCAUGGGUGAAAAGGAAACAAGAUGAAUGGAUUAAGUUUGAUGAUGAUAAAGUCAGCAUCGUGACACCAGAGGAUAUCUUACGGCUUUCUGGUGGUGGAGACUGGCACAUAGCAUAUGUUUUACUCUAUGGGCCUCGCAGAGUUGAAGUAAUGGAAGAGGAAAGUGAACAGUAAUCUUCAUUUUAGCUAUUUAUGUUUAGGUGUGAAAUAAAUGUUACUUGUUGAUCAUUUCUAUAAUUCAGAGCUGUAGAGGAAGAUAUUUAGGUGGUUUUAUGUGUUUCCCCUCUCAUGUGGAACAAAAGAGGGUGAAGCAGACCACUCUGGAUCAAACUAAAAAUUACAGAAAAAAAAUUGCCUUUGGACUGUGUGGUUGCAGGAAGACAUUUUUAAAAAGCUUAUUUCUUGCAUUAAUUUUUAAAAAUUCUGAUUAGAAAUGCCUUUCAGCCAUUACCUUCCGUGAUAAAUUUUUUCUCCCUGCCUUUUUCAGCCCAGGAUUCAGCAAUUAGAUGUUUAUUGCACACCUAUUAUUCUUUUUGUUGUUGUUGUUCUUGCAUGGUUCAAACCACCGGUGAUUCAUAGCUGCCCAUCCUUUGCCUUAUCUAACAAAAAUUUUGCCAGGAAGGUGGAAAGGAAGGAAGUGUUGCUCUCAUUGUGUUACUCAGUGCUGCUGCCCACAUCCCAUGGAAACAUGGGUACAAUCAAGUAUUUGUCCAGCCUGACUGUUGCUGGCUUUUCAUGACUUUAAAAUAAAUUGUGAUCAGUAAUAGUACAUUUGAUUAUACAUUCAUUAUUGUGUCUCUCUGAUGUACUAUGGUUUGUAUAUUUAACUUUGCAAUGGUUUUGUAGUAAUCAACCUUAAAAAGUUGACAAGCUCUCGUUGCUUAUUUUUAGAAAAUGAGGAUAUUUAAUAAAAAAAAAAAAAAAGAGGGACUAACAGCUUCUGACCUCAAGUCUUUUGUCUGCUGAGUGUUGGAGCUUGGGUUAAGUUUAGGUAUAUUUACUAUCAUGCAGUUGCUGCAGGUUGUUAGUUUUACUCUGCUGUUAAGCAUCCAUUUAAAAAUGUUAUCUCUUCUGCUUCACAUUAUGUUCUGUUUAAAAGAAAUAUAAAGUUGUAAAAGUAAUGGAGUUCUUUGGAUGCUGAAUGCAAUGAUGUUUAUUGGUCUAUCUUUUCUUUGGCUCAGUUUUUUACUCGUCUGUUCCCAAAAUCUUAAUGUGUAUCUCAGAAUUGAAUAAUAGCAAUGAUUUUUAAAGUGAUGGUAAAAGUACCAAGAGUAAGUGGUGUUUCAGUAUGGUAGGUUUCUUAUAUUUUUUAAUACAUUCUAAUUCCUCAUCUUUGUUUCAAGAGCCUUGAUUGCUAGACAGAGGAUAGGAAAUUAGCUCAUUUGUCUCUGAUUUUGAGUUAGGUAUAUAAAAUGAAGCUUGGGGGAUUAUCAUGAAAUCUCCUCUCAAUGCUGUUUUCAUGCUCUGCAGAGCAUAGCACCGGUAACUAUUAAAUUUCUAGAGAAUAAUGGCCAAUUUCCUCUCAACUUUGAACAAUGUGAUAAAACCUGAGAACCCUAGGAGAUAAAAUAAGCAUUUCAGGGAAACUUAUUUGUACAUAGCUUCUUCAGCUAAGUGGUGAUUACUGGCAAUCAUUAUUCCCUUUGCCUUGGCGGAGGGUGCAGAAUAGAAUGGGGAAGAGGAGACCAUAAGAAGUGUAAUGAUUCUUAGAUACUGCUAUGAUGCUUGUGACUCUGCAUUUUUUACUUACGGUCUUACUUGGUCUGAACAAUUUUGAGGACAUAAAUUUAGCGAUUAGAAUUGAUUUCUGACUUGCAGGAUGCUGUAGCUAGUAGAUGAGGUAGGUUUAGAACAAAGUGUAUGUCUUGUAUGAAGAUUUUUAAAAUUGUAAUUCCUUGUUUUAAAGAUGGAUUUCAUUUUAUUUGACCCAAAUAAGCAUUAUUCC